GGGAAUCAGCUGCCAGGUUACUGCAAUGUGGCAAAUUGCAUGAGAUUCUGGGAUUGGAAUCAAGCUGCUAAUCUAAAAGGUCGACUGAAGCUACAGCUCACGUUUUUUGCGUGCCAGCACUCUCCCGGCAGAACAAAGACCCGGCUGGAGCAGACGGAGGCUGAGACCCAUUCCAGAAAUCUGUUUUCUCAAGAAAAUUUUGGAACCAUGCCUGAAAUGCCGGAGGACAUGGAACAGGAGGAAAUUAACAUCCCCAGUAGGCGGGUUCUGGUUACUGGUGCCACUGGGCUGCUUGGCAGAGCUGUGUACAAAGAGUUUCAGCAGAAUAAUUGGCAUGCUGUUGGCUGUGGUUUUAGAAGAGCAAGACCAAAAUUUGAACAGGUGAAUUUGUUGGAUUCUGCUGCAGUUCAUCACAUCAUUCAUGAUUUUCAGCCCCACGUGAUAGUACAUUGUGCAGCAGAGAGAAGGCCAGAUGUUGUAGAAAAUCAGCCAGAUGCUGCUUCUCAACUUAAUGUGGAUGCUUCUGGGAAUUUAGCAAAGGAAGCAGCUGCAAUUGGAGCAUUUCUUAUCUAUAUUAGUUCAGAUUAUGUAUUUGAUGGGACAAAUCCACCUUACAGAGAAGAAGACAUACCAUGUCCCCUAAAUCUGUAUGGUAAAACAAAAUUAGAAGGAGAAAAGGCUGUUCUGCAGAACAAUUUAGGAGCUGCUGUUUUGAGGAUUCCAAUCCUGUAUGGAGAAGUUGAAAAGCUUGAAGAAAGUGCUGUGACUGUUAUGUUUGAUAAAGUACAGUUCAGCAACAAGUCGGCAAACAUGGACCACUGGCAGCAGAGGUUCCCUACACAUGUCAAAGACGUAGCCACAGUGUGUCGCCAGUUAGCAGAGAAGAGAAUGCUGGAUCCAUCAAUUAAGGGAACCUUUCACUGGUCUGGCAAUGAACAAAUGACCAAGUAUGAAAUGGCUUGUGCAAUUGCGGAUGCCUUCAACCUCCCCAGCAGUCACUUAAGACCUAUAACUGAUAGUCCUGUCUUGGGAGCACAGCGUCCAAGAAACGCUCAGCUCGACUGCUCCAAGUUAGAGACCUUGGGCAUCGGCCAGCGGACUCCAUUUCGAAUUGGAAUCAAAGAAUCACUUUGGCCUUUCCUCAUUGACAAGAGAUGGAGACAAACAGUUUUUCAUUAGUCUGUGUGUGGCUUUUGUUUGUUCGUUUGUUUUUUAAUGAAAAGUAUAGUAUGUGGCACUUUUUAAAGAAAAAAGGAAAUAGUUUUGUACGAGUGCUCUUUAAUUGUGACUCAUGAUCUUUCAGGUAAAUGAUGCUCUUGCACUAGUGAAAUUUUUGUCUAAAGAAACCAAGGGCAAUAAUGCCUUGUUUGAAGUAAUGAUUUCUCGGUUUAUCAUUUGUUCUGGCUUACCUUACUGUUUGAGUGUAGUAAAUUAUGAUUAUUAAAUAUUUGAGAGCCAGUUCAAAGCCGAUCUGCUGUAGCCUUUUUUUUUUCCUUGGAUGAAAUGCAUUAUUCAUUCCAAUAACCUCUACCUUUGCUGGACUUCACAACUGUUGAAACUUUUACAUUUUAAAGUGUAUUGAAUAGGAUGAAAAUCAUUGGUGUUCAUUGUCUGCUUUGCUUGAGCUCAGAUCAAAAUGUUUGAAGAAAGAAACUUUAUUUUUGCAAUGUAAGUUCAGUUUUUAUGCUUGAGAUAGUUCACUGAGUUAUGUAUAUUGGAACUCCUCCAGCUUCAUGCCUCCCACUUUUGUAGCAGUAUAUGGUGAGCCUUGGAGAGGAGGGGAAUGUGUGUAUGUGUGUAUUUUUUUAAUAUAUAUAUGAAACUGUCAUUUCCACUCCAUGUCACUAAGUGCUAUUUCAUCUAUGUAAGUCUUUGGACCAUUCAUGAAUAAUAAUAAAUAUGUACUACUGGCAUGGAAAUACUUAAGUUCUCUUGUAUUUACUUCUGUUUUUCAAGUGUGUGCCAGACCUCUAAACUAGUUAUUUUGGUUAUUUUGAUUUUAAGAUUUCAUCCUUACUUUUGAUGCCUACAAGAAUCAUGUUAAUAUGUACUGAGAUACAAAACAAAAUAAAGUGAACUUGAGGUAAGCCCACUCAUGACCUGCAGAAUGCCAUAGCUACUAUA